UUCCUAUGCCCAGCUAGGGGACACUGCUCUCCAUAUGGCGGCUGCCCUAAACCACAAGAAAACUGUUCAGCUCCUCCUGGAGGCAGGGACUGACGGCAACGCACGAAACAACGCAGGGAAGACUGCCCUGGACAAGGCCAGAGACUACAACCACAAAGACGUGUCUCUCCUGCUGGCCAGAGCUCCUCAGGUUCACUGUUUCACUAGAGGAAGGACGGUGAGGAAGAAAAGGGACCGGCUGAAGGCAGAAGGCAGAACCCAGUCUGUCAUCAGAGAAGAAAUGCUGCCCAACAAGGACAGUGGGUACAUGGCUGAGGCGUCUCACAGUAGUGAGCGUCUGGCCAGCAGGGCAGGCCUCAACAGAGCAGGGCUGCCUCACCAUCAUCACCACCGCCUUCACUACAGUAAAACAUCAGUCACCCCAACCAGCCCUUACCACAGAAGGAGAAGACAUAAGCUUUUCAAAGAACAGGCCUUGGCAGAGGAUACUCCUAGAAAAAGAAUGCAUGGCCAUCCCGACCUCCACAGGAAGAGCAGACUGUGUACAUAUGAUGAAGCCCCUCCUCACAACGGCA